UCCCGGACCCGGGCAUGGCAGAGACUCUGAGCCCCUGCACCCCACGGGGCCAGUGUCAGGCCAGCAUGGGUGCCAACUCCUCGUCAGCUGGUGUGGACACUAACGCCUCCUCGGCUGCCUCUGCGCUGAUGAGCAGCAGCACGUGGAGGGGCCGAGAGCCCUUCUCCGUCUUCACCAUCCUCAUUCUGACCCUGCUGGUGCUCCUGACCGUGGCCACCUUUCUCUGGAACCUGUUGGUGCUGGCGACCAUCCUGCGAGUGAAGGCUUUCCACCGGGUGCCCCACAAUCUUGUGGCCUCCACAGCACUGUCGGAUGUGCUGGUGGCAGCCCUGGUGAUGCCGCUGAGCUUGGUGAAGGAGCUGUCAGCAGGGCGGCGGUGGCGGCUGGGACGGGCACUAUGCCUCGUGUGGGUCUGCUUCGACGUGCUGUGCUGCACGGCCAGCAUUUGGAAUGUGACCGCCAUCGCCCUGGACCGCUACUGGUCCAUCACCCGUCACCUGGAGUACACACUGCUCACCCGCCGCCGCAUCUCCAACGUCAUGAUCGCUCUCACCUGGGCGCUCUCUGCUGCCAUCUCACUCGCCCCGCUUUUUGGCUGGGGGGAGACCUACAGUCCUGAGCAGGAGCGCUGUCAGGUUAGCCAGGAGCCCUCCUACACCAUCGUCUCCACUGGCGGGGCUUUUUACCUGCCCCUCUGUGUGGUGCUCUUUGUCUACUGGAAGAUCUACAAGGCGGCCAAGUUCCGUGUGGGGGGCCGCAGGAAGAACGCUGUGGUGCCCCUGCCUGAGGCUGCCCAGGUGAAGGAAGCUUCACAUGAACCACAGAUGGUGUUUACAGCUCGUCAUGCAGCUAUCACUUUCCAGACAGAUGGAGAAACAUGGAGAGAACAGAAAGAGAAAAAGGCAGCUCUGAUGGUUGGCAUCUUAAUUGGAGUUUUUGUGCUGUGCUGGAUCCCUUUCUUCAUCACAGAAUUAAUAAGUCCCCUCUGUUCCUGCAACAUCCCACCCAUCUGGAAAAGCAUCUUUCUUUGGCUUGGGUACUCCAAUUCUUUCUUUAAUCCUCUCAUUUAUACGGCAUUUAACAAAAAUUACAACAAUGCCUUCAAGAACCUUUUUGUAAAGCAGAGAUAAAAGGGGACACAGAGUAGAAAAUUAUUCUUUUAUUGUGCAAUACAGAGAUUUCUUGAGGGAAACAUGCCUAUGAUGGGUGCUGUUUUCAUGCACAAGAGCUACUUGAAGGCAUUUAGGAACAAUCAAAAAGAAGAUGGAAGAUGUUUGGAUAUAAAUCUACUGGCAGUUUACUGUUCCCCCCUGGAAAUACAUACAUAUAUUCUGCUCCAGGGAUUGGCAAAGAAGAUUGAAGCAGUGAAUACCUCCCGUCUGCUCUUUGAAUCAACACGUUACGGUCUGCAAGCCAACCACUCUCUGUGUCUAAUACCAUGACUGUCAAAUCUAACUGGACUGAUCUCAUGUAACCAGCUACAGGUGCCAUUCUGUAGGACUCUCUUCAUUAGCAAAGGCACCAGUGGGAACUGCUAAUUGAGCAAUACUGAAAUGUUUGUGAUAUGGGCAGGAUGCCGGCUUCGUUUCUGAGAUUUCUUUGGAAGGGAAAAAAUACGCUAUAUUCAAUCAGUUGCUGAACUGAUGUGAAAUUAAAAUGGAUGAACAAGCAGCUCAGAAACAUGCCCUAGUAUGAUUGAAGGGCUGUGUGUUCUCUAGCAAGCAGCAGUCCUUGAGGGAAGUCUCAGUGAAAUACAGGACAGCUAUGUCCCCUGGGGUUAUGUGAAACUUUAAAGCCAAGUGUAAAAUUAUUCAGAGCUACUGGAAGUGUGCUCUCACUGCUUGCACAGGAGGAGGACCUAGCAUGGAGUCUUCACCUGCAGUGUACUUUCUCACUCUGCAGGGCUCAGGCUCUUCCUGUUUUCUACAGCCCAGGUGAGCUCCAGCCAGAUACCUGAUAACUCCAAGUGAAGCGGGACUGUCUGCAUUAUCAUUUAAUGCUAUAUCAUAAAACUAAGCCUGCACCUGCGUUACAAACACCAAACAUGUUGUGUCCAAUCAGCAGGUUUGCUGGCAGCACCAUGUGGUUGCUUGGCAGGAGUCAGUGAGUAUCACCCGCACUGCACUGUCUGGGGUCCUUGCACCACAAAUGUUGUGUCCAUCACCCUACUCAGGAGAAGCACACAAUGUGUCAGCUUACAUCACCUUCCUCCUUCUGUAAGAAAGGUCUUGAUGCCAUCAGCUCUAAGUGACUCCAGAAACUCCAGUGACUCAAAAUCAAGCCAUAAAUUGUUUUUCCAAGAUCUCACAAACACUCAUGUCCCAACAACAUAUACAUAAAUAAAUUAAAAGUUAAGUAUUUCCACGUA